CGAGGGGUUCGCAGUGAACAUCGUUUUUGACGACCUCUACAGUAACACAACAAAUAAAAAGAUGAUGGUCAUUGGAGGACUACGGAAUGAGAUCACCGAAGCCGUCUCAAAGCCCCUUGUCUUCUGGGGCGUGGUUCAGAUCACCUACGGAUCCCAUGCUCCAUCGUUGUCUUCUGGAAACCCGCUUUUGUUCCGAACCAUUCCGUCAACAAAUAGUUACAACGAUCCGCGGAUUAAAAUGUGUAUGAAGUGGGAGUGGAAGAAUGUCGGCAUCUUGGGAGUAAACAGUCUUGAUAAUAUCGCCGUGGUGAACGAUUUGAUUACCAAACUAGACGAAAGCAAUAUCCAUGUCAUGGUCAAAGAGGCUUUUAAUGUCGACAAGGAUAUGGAGACGAUGUCGCAAAACAUCGCACAAUCUCUCAAGUAUCUGAAGGACAAGGAUGUACGUGUCAUCAUCGGAAAUUUUUAUCAGAAAGAGGCCAUUCAAGUGUUUUGUGAGGCUUAUAAAGCUGAAUUAUACGGCUCAAACUACGUCUGGCUUAUAUGGGGACACUAUGAACACGAGUGGUGGAAAAUGGAUGACGAAACAACGGACUGCACCAUGGAAGAAAUAUCGGCAGCAGUGGAGGGGUACAUCGCCGUCACUUUCGAUGUCUUAGGGGAUAGCAACAACGAAACUAUCUCAAAAAUGACAGCAUCUGAAUACAGUGAGGUUAUGUUACGUCAGACAGGCGUGGACUUCACGCGGGAGACCAAACCUGGACCUUUUGCCUACGAUGCCGUCUGGGCCUCGGCCCUCGCAAUGAACGCGUCCCUUGAAGACAUGCCGUACUCCCUCGGACAAUUCAGCUAUGGGGAAAUCGGCCGUAACAUGUCAAAAGUGUUUUCUAACAAACUUUGGGAAAUGCAAUUUUUGGGACUUUCGGGACCGGUCGUCUUCAGCGAGAAUGGGGACAGAAUAGGCGUCCUACGAAUCAACAGGAACAUAAACGGAACAGUGCGCGAUAUUGGCCGAUACUACAAAAGUGAUGAUCGUAUCGAAUGGUACAUGCCCAUGGAAAGUAUUUGGGCUUCCAACGGCGGGACCCCUCCUAAGGAUGCGGACAGCCAUCAAAUAGUGACUGAACAGGUGUCACGUGAGCUGUUCAUCAGUAUGCUUACCUUCUCCAUCAUCGGGAUCGUCAUCGCGAUAUGCUUCCUGGUCUUCAACAUCUUCUAUCGGGAUGAGAAAUUGAUAAAGAUGUCGAGUCCGAACAUGAACAACAUCAUUAUAGGAGGUUGUAUUCUUACAUACAUCACAGCUAUUAUACUAGGUGUUGAUAUAGGCCUACUCGAUCAAAACGGUCUUAAAGUAAUGUGUCAGGCGAGGACGUGGAUAUUUUCUAUAGGAUUUACGCUGUCCUUUGGAGCAAUGUUCUCAAAAACAUGGAGGGUAUAUAGCAUAUUCACGAAUAAGAAACUUCAGAAAAGGGUGAUUAAGGACUACCGUCUAUUUGCUAUGGUGGGCAUCCUCCUACUCAUCGACAUCAUCGUCCUAAUGGUAUGGCAGAUCAUUGACCCUUUACAAGUUCAAGUAAAGAUCAUCGAAGUCAGAGCUGAUCCAGAUAGACCGAAUCUAAUCUUCAAAACAGAACAGCACACGUGCGACAGUAAAUUUGAGCAGUAUUUUAUCUGGACGCUUUUUAUCUACAAAGGUCUUCUGCUCAUUUUCGGUACCUUCAUCACGUGGCAGACGAGAAACGUGAGUAUUCCUGCCUUGAACGAUAGCCGGUAUAUCGGGGUAUCGAUCUACACCGUAGUUAUUUUCAGCGCGCUAGGUGUGCCUCUCUCCUUUCUAUUAGCCGAGAAUAGCAGCUAUAGCUACGCCAUCAUAGCCGGGCUUAUCCUCUUCUGUACAACACUAACCCUCGCUCUGCUCUUUCUGCCAAAAGUCUUCAGCAUAAUUCACGGCUACGCCCCGGAAGAAGUUGGGAGUCGGGUCAUGUCAAAUGUCAACGGUCGUCCCGCUUACUCAUCGGGUUUCCGAAACGGUCCCGGGGGAAGUCGAUCGCAGAAAAAGAGCACUCUGCUGGCCGCCGAAACGAGCCAAACAGCGGCAGAUAGAGAAAGAACUUCAGAAGCUCAGAUCGCUGUGUGAUGCAGCUUAGAAUUACCAAAAUUAUGAAUUAACAUGUUGACAUUAUUUCAGACUGACAGUUCGUCAUUUUUUUGUUUGUUGUGUAAUUGACUUCACCGACAUGCAUGGAUAAUGGAUGGUGUUAAUCUAUUCAUAAUGAUCGACAUUAUAUACCGACGACUAUACCAGAAAGUAGCUCUCGUCACCCUACGCAUUUCAAUGAAAAUGGGAAGCAGAAGAUGAAUCGCAGAUGGACGAGCAAAAUGAUAACCUAUGAAGGCAAUUACCAAGCAUGCCAGGAACCCGUGCUGAUUCGAAAGCUAGUUAAAUAUCUCACUUGAUUUAUCCUAUUUAAAAACAAUAUUUCUGGAUACAUGAUCAGGUGUUUGUUAUUGGAAGAUGUAAGGCCUACAUUAGAAAUAUGAACGCUAUGGCUAAAAACAAUCAAACAUUAGCGAGGAGAAGUUGCAUGACAUACUGUUGGAAAGAUCAAAAUAUUGAGAUGGAAAUUCGGUCAGUCAAGCGCACAGAAGCACUGAUUCCAUGGAGAGUUUGUAGACAGCAAGGGUCUAAUUUUGAAGGUUUGAUAUUAUAACUACAAAUGGCUUGUAUCUAUGGUUUAAAAGGAGGGAGAGAAAUAGGAAACAAAAUAAAUGGUGAGGUCUUCGAAAGGUCUUUCAUCAAGAACCUUAACGUCACCGAAUUGUUCAGGAUUCAUGCGUAAUUUUGGGUUUUUUUAACUUAUCGAAGAGUUUGAAAAUCAUCGUUUGUCAAGAGACCCCCGUCGAUUUGCCAACACAAGCGAGGAAGCACCGGCCAAAAUACUUGACAAUAUAGCUUGGAUGCAUUUCGUCAAAACCUAGCAUACGGAUCAGAGAGGCCAUUGCAAACACUUGCAUUUUGGAGAUUCUAAGAAAUCUUGCAGCAGUGAGCACAAUGUUAACAGUCUGCUGAGAAGUAAAACGAAUGCUGUCAGUUGGCUGCGUUCACCGUGAAGAGUUUUAGCAACACGAUUAUCAAUCCGGAAGUUAUAUUGACCGCUUGAAACCUUUAUCUACUUGUACCUUCUUUUCGUCUCCUAUGUCCGAAAAGCAGUAUUCCACUCACCCAUCUAAUAGUCAAGUUGUUCAAGCUCUGCUCAACUAUUGCUAUUGAAUAGGUUAUCAAGGUGAUGCUGAAAGCGAAGGUAUAUGAUGCUGAAAACCACGGGAUUGUUAGUGAUCACACCAGGGGCGGAUCUAGAAUUUUUUGAAAGUGGGGACACUUUUUCCCGAGGAAAAAUUUGACAAGCAUAAAAAAGAUCUAACUUUUAAGGGGGCGGAGGGGAACACACUUCUGUUUUAACGAUGUUUCAAUUGUGCUUCUUAAAAUGGGGAGGGGCAGGGGCCGGCUGUGCCCCCUACCCCGUGGAUCAGCCAGUGGAUCUCACUACAAUUUCCCGAUUUAAAAUGCCAUGUAGUUGUUUAACUGGUACUUGAAUUAUUUUGAUCACAGAGAGCUUGGAAAUCCCUGCACCUAAGGAUUCCAGAUCACUGUUUGCAUAUUGUAGUUUAAGAAAGAGUUUCUCAUCGCAAUGAUUUCAUCGGCAUGGACCUCGUAUGAUCGUGAAAUAAUGUGCAAAGAUAGAAAGACAAGACCUCAACCUGCAUGGAACAAUGAAACGGAUGCACCCCACCAACGUUCAAUUUGAUGACUACCGUGAAUAUCAAUUACCCCAAACGACUUUGAAAUAUAUAUAUUUGUGAAUUGUCUUGAACUGUGUAAGAGUAUACCACUGAGCGACAAGAUAAUGACGCCGUGAAUUUUGAUCUUGUUAUUGUCCACAGCCUAUUAUUUUAGGCUGUAUUUCUGCGAUGUACUAUUGGAACAACAACUGAACAAAGUGUUUGAUUAAACAUCAACAAAGAAAAUUAAUACCUGAUAGUACCAUUGUUGUCCCUAGUGUAUCAAGAACUUCAUUGAACUGUUGAAUCUAAAUCUAUUCCAAUUUGAAUCGAUUAAUGAUUUAAACAGAAUAUUCUGACCUGAUAAUAAGGAACAUGCUGAUCGUUUCAUAGUGUUGUUGUGGAAAAUUGACGCCGAGAUUAUAAUAGAAUGCUACUGGCUAUACCCCAAUAGCGCAUGAUAGACGCUGCAAAUAAUCUCUUGCGUCGCAUAGAUAUUAAAUUCGUGAAAGAUAGACUGAAAAGACAUUCAGGCUGGUUAUGAUGGCCAAAGAGAACUGCAUGUUCAAAGAGUAUCUUAGUUAAGCAGUUUAUAUAAAUAUGUUAAUUUAGAUAUGUGAACAUUCGUCAUAUCUCCAUGUGUUCGCCUACAUUGCGUCAGAUUGAUCGAUGUGAACCGGACCUGGGGAAAUAUUCUUUAUGGAGAUGAAACUCUUUACUUGAAGUGAAUAAAUCUGAAGGAAAUUGCAAAUUAUGUUUUCUCAUUCCACAACAAUAAGUGACCAAUCGUGUUGUCUCAACAUGUUCCAGCCUAGACUCUGUGAUAUCAUUCAGGGCUUGGGGUACAUUGUGGUUGGUUGGGCUUGUACGAGGUCAGUGCGAUAACGCCUUGUACACUAUUGUAAGCAAGAGUAAAUUCUUUAUCCUAUGUCGCGUAUGGAGAAUAGUUUAGAACGCCUAGAUCAUAAAACCUACGUUUAUUCUUUCGUUUUUUUGGUAAAUUUUCCUUAUACAAAACAAAUAUAUUUUUGAAGUUAAUAUUCUACUAUUUAAGGUGCUGGAGAUGAUUUAAGAAUAAAACAAUAUUUUUUAUCAGCUCAUGGUAUUGUCAUAGCUUGUUCCUUGUAGAUAAUGUAUGAUUUCAUGACCGUCCCCACCCCCCAAUACAAAAAAUAUGCCGUGAAAGAAAAGGCAUUUUUAGGUAUUACUUUGGGGUUUUGCAAUUUCCAUGUCAACACAUUUUAUAUUUGAAAUGAAUGAUUUUGUUUCAUGUUCACAUUCGUUAUCGAUUAUGUGGCGAGUUAAAGCAAUGUAAAUAUAGACGAGGAAAAUAUUACCUGAUAUUUUUUUCUUUUGGGUCUUUUUCCUGCAUGAGAAAAGCCUCACAACAAAUAAUGUGUACAUAAAAUCACUUGCAUUGAAACAUAUAUACUUCCAUUCUUACCAUGUGUACAUAGAUGUAAAUGUGACAGCGACCUGCUGUUUGAAAUGAUCUAUUAUAUUAUCGUAUACGUUUUGUUACAAGUACAAUAUGCUCUUAUCGGUACGUCUCCCGGCCUGAAAAUAACUUAAAAUAUGACGUUGUCUUUGUUUGUUUG